UCUAAAAUCAAUUGUAUGACAACCAGGAUAUUGUAAAUCUUGUAAAGUGCAUGUAAAUCCUAACGAGUAUACAAAUACUUGUUUCGAAUUGCAAAAGGAUGUGGAGUAAAAUAAACUAUAUUGCAUUUUGGGCUUUAAGUGUAAAGUUUGAAACAGGGAUUUACUAAAACAUUUGACACAGUAAUUAUAAGUGAAAUGUUUAGGGAGAUUUUGACCAAUAUACAUUCAUACUGGAAUAACGAGAUUUAGCUUUAACAUAACAAUGACGUACAAGUUGAGGACAUUGCCUGCGGAAAAGAUUCCUCUCGAAAUGAGGAUUCCGCACGUUAACACUGGAUAUCGUCUGCCGUAUCAGCCGUGGAGCUAUUACGUAAAAAGUAUAUUGCACGUGCAUAAUGAAAGUGUAAAUGUAUGGACGCAUCUGAUUGGCUGUUUACUGAUCUUGUUUCAGACAUACACAUACUAUGGGAUAUAUGAAGACAAAGGGUCUGAAAUUAAAGGAACGGUAUUAGGAUUCGGCAUGUGCUGUUUUAUAACGUUAUUUAAUAGUGCAACAGCACACUUACUGCAUUCCAAAUCUUGCCAUGCAACUUUUCUUGUCUUUAUGUAUGACUAUGUCGGAGUUGUCAGUUGGAGUUUUGGUACAGCCAUUCUUGCACUGUAUGGUGUCUCCAGCAAAGAUAUGUACGACUGGUUAGGGCCCUAUUUCGUCACUAUUCACUUAGUUUGGACAUAUCUCAAUUUUAUCAAUAUAUGUCUGUCAAAACUCUGGUACGGACAUGAUAUGUCAUUAAGUCAGAGAAAAAUAAUGAUUGUCGUAGGAAUUUCUGUACAAGGCAUUUGGGACUUAUUACCGUUUUUUCCACGUUAUAUAGAAUGUUUUAAAAGUUCUGAGUGUGAACUGAGUUCCUUAAAUCACGUGACUAUCGUCUGCGUAUCAUUUGUUUGUAUGACUUUGGCCUUUGUUUUACAUCAGCCAGAAAGCACGUGGCCGGGAUACUUUGAUAUUAUUGGACAGAGUCACCAUAUUUUCCAUGUGUUUGUUAUUCUAACGAUGACCCUACAGUUCCGAUGCCUUUAUAUAGAUUUUAAGACUAGCGCUAAUGUUCACUGCAAGCCAAACAUUGCAGAGCUUCUUGCAUACAUUGUGAUACUCAAUUGUUCAUGUCUGAUCACACUAUACUUGUUUAAGGGAAGAGUAAAAAGAAAACUUGAUAACAAAAAUAAAGAACACUGAAGGAUAUUAGUAUUUUCGUCCUGGGGCAGGAAAAGUGUUAGUCUUACUUAAGGCUUAUCGGGAUGACUUACUUUAUGAUCUGUUAUUUUAUAGUUGUCAUUCCUCUGUGACGGGACAGCGACAGUCAAGAGUUAUUACGCGGUCCCAAAACACUAGAAAAGUGUCCACACAGCUCAGAGUGUAUACCGUACUAUAAAAAGUAACACGUGUGAACACGAGGUAAUCUUACAAGUACCCGGAAGACUACACGAUAACCGGUUAACAGACACACCGACUGACAUUCUAAUAACCGGAAACAACUGUAAUAAUACUUUUUAGUGUACUGUGUACUGAUUAAAAUUGUUCUGUACAAAUUGUCUAUUUGGACAAGUACAUGUACACAUUCCAAGAAAAAAAGGUUAUCGUGUAUGGACAUAAACCGGAAACUUAAAUGAGAUGAUCGGAUUCACGCGCAUGAUACUUAUGUUAAUUGUUAUGUAUAAAUAAAGAAAUAAUCUGGAUACUACCAUGUAUAUAUGAAAAAGGAUGUGCAAAAGUUAACGGAAGUAGGAAGAAAUAACACCGACAAUAUGAAACUGAGAUGUCGUCUGCUGAAAUAUAACUUAUACUGUAACAUACCAAAGAGAAAGGAAUAGUCCUAAUAACGGGACAGCGUGAUAAAUUUUGACUGUCGCUGUCGGGGGAUGGCAACUAUCUAUAUCUGGUCAUAAAAUAAGCCAUCCAGAUAAGACUCAUUGUGGAAUAAGGAGAUUGAUGGAAGAAACCUAACAGGUUUUAAUUUAAACAAAAUGAUAUAUAAGCCGAGGACAUUGCCUGCGGAAAAGCUUCCUCUCGAAAUGAGGAUUCCGCACGUAAAGACCGGAUAUCGUCUGCCGUAUCAGCCGUGGAGCUAUUACGUAAAAAGUUUAUUGCACGUGCAUAAUGAAAGUGUAAAUGUAUGGACGCAUCUGAUUGGCUGUUUACUGAUCUUAUUUCAGACAUACACAUACUA